GUCCCGUGACGUCAGGUUCUCCAGGAGUCUCCGUUUAACUCGAUUCAAACUUCUACUCAGAUUUGUUUCUGUGAUGUGCGGCACGGAGAAGUGGCAGGCCAGUCUGUGAGCAUAUCCAGCAGGCGCUGAAGUUCACAUGCCGAUGUGAAAUUAAUUAGAAUAGACGUGUCAGUCCUACCUGAGCCAUUUCAUCUACUUUCUGACCCGAAGAAGAGUGUUGGCGGCCAGAAACGGACAAACGGUGUCCACGACAGACCUGACAGCCAUCAUGUCAGGUUUACCGCUAAAGAAUGGGAAUCUGAAGAAUCUGGAAGAGUGGGAUAUUCUUGACCCAGAGUUUCAGCAGCGUUUGGAAGCUGCUCGAUCAGUGCUCCGGCAGCAGAUCCAGCGGGAGCUGAAGAUCAAGGAGGCAGCCGAGAGGCUGCGACGGGCAGUCACCAACCGCAAGAGUGCAGCUGAUGUGGAGGGCCAACUUAAGGCCUCAACCCGCAAGCUGGAGAAGCUGCACUGGGAACUGCAGGAACUCAACGCAAGGUCUAUGGCCACACAGAAAGACAGUGCCAUAGGUCACUUAGAGGAAGAAGAAGACCUGUCAGGAGAGACAUGUCAGUGGGAAGAGGUCACAUCACCACUGGACAGUCGAGUCAGAACACUGAAGAAACAACUUACCAUGGAGACCAAGGUCAAACAGGGUGCUGAGAACAUGAUCCAGACUUACACUAAUGGCUCAUUUAAGGACAGAAAGAUGCUCUCUGCAGCCCAGCAGAUGUUGCGGGACAGUCGUACUAAAAUAGAGCUGCUGCGCAUGCAGAUUGUUAAAGUCAGUCAAGCCAGAGAUGGAGAGGAGGAUGGCAAAUAUGGUCAUUCUAUGGAGAUGAUCAGUCCUGUGGAGCUGCGAGUUGCUGAAUUAAUUCACCACAUGAAGAUUGAAUCAGCUGUAGCAGAAGGAGCCAAAAAUGUGGUGAAGCAACUGAGCGGGCAUAAAGUCCAGGACCGCCGAAUACUUGCAGAAGCCCAGGCGCGAAUGCAGGAGUCAUCUCAAAAGGUGGAUUUGUUGCGUCUCUCGUUGGAGAGACGUUUAUGUGAGCUGGCUCAUGAUCAUCCCACACAUGCUACCAUUAAAGAGGCUUUAAUAGUAGGCACCUCACCUUCUUACGGCACUCCAAAGAAACACUCCCAGGCUCCAGCCUCUUCUUCAUCUUCAUCCUUCUUCAAACCAGCCAGUCUAACAGGUCGUUUGGAGGUAUGUUUGAUGGGUUGCCAGGACCUGUUGGAGUCAGUUCCAGGCCGUAGUUGUGUGACCAGUGUCUCAACCACCUCUGGGAGCAUCUCGGAUAUGAAGUCUCUGAAGGUACGAACCGGACGCAGUGCCAAGGCUGAAGACAUUUCCUCGGAGAUAAGUGCAGUGCUGAAGGUUGACAACAGAGUAGUGGGGCGCACACAGUGGAGACAGCUGGGCAAAGAGGCCUGGGGCCAGAGCUUCAGCAUUGAACUAGAACGGUCCAGGGAGCUGGAAAUUGCUGUGUACUGGAGAGACUGGCGAGCAUUAAGUGGAGUGAAGUUCUUGCGGCUUGAAGACUUCCUUGAUAACCAGCGACAUGGCAUGUGCCUCCAGCUGGAGCCGCAGGGCGUUCUCUUUAUUGAGGUGACAUUUAUAAAUCCUGUCAUUGAGCGUCCCUUCAAGCUCCAGAGGCAGAAGCGAAUUUUCCCUAAAGAAAAAGGGAAGCACUUCCUGCGUGCCGCCCAAAUGAACAUGAACUUUGCUGCUUGGGGCCGUUUGAUGAUGAGCAUCCUGCCUCCUUGCAACUCACUGGAGCCCAUGAGCCCUCCAUUAGCAGCGCCCAGUACUACAUCAGCUCUUUCACCAGCACAAGAACCUGAAGUAAUGAGUCUGAAUUUUGCUGAAGAACCACCAGGCAGAUCUCCACAUUCCAUAAGAAAGAACAGUAAAAACUCCCCACUGUCUUCCAAUGAGAACAAGAGUCCAAAGCCAAAGAGACAACCGUCUGUUCUUCCACCUACACUGAAGGAUAAAGGGCUUCAAAUAGAAGACUUCAAGUGUAUUUCAGUCCUAGGGAGAGGUCACUUUGGAAAGGUGCUGCUAGCAGAGUAUAAGAGGUCAGGUAAAAUGUAUGCCAUCAAAGCCCUGAAGAAAGGUGAUAUUGUGACACGUGAUGAAGUUGACAGCCUCAUGUGUGAAAAGAGGAUCUUUGAAGUGAUCAACUCCUCUCGUCAUCCAUUCUUGGUGAACCUGUACGGCUGUUUCCAGACUGCAGACCACGUGUGCUUUGUGAUGGCCUACUCGCCCGGAGGAGACCUCAUGACGCACAUUCACAACAGCAUCUUCAAUGAGAGUCAGGCUCGGUUUUUCUCCUCGUGUGUGCUUUUGGGUCUAGAGUUUCUCCACAAAAACAAAAUAGUUUACAGAGACCUGAAGCUGGACAAUCUGUUGAUGGACGCAGAUGGCUUUGUAAGGAUAGCAGAUUUUGGCUUGUGCAAAGAAGAAAUGGGCCACGGGGAUCGCACAUCAACCUUUUGUGGCACACCAGAGUUCCUGGCUCCAGAGGUGCUGACAGACAGCAAUUACACCCGCAGUGUGGACUGGUGGGGGCUGGGGGUCCUCGUCUAUGAGAUGCUGGUGGGGGAGUCUCCUUUCCCCGGCGACGAUGAGGAAGAAGUGUUUGAUAGCAUUGUCAAUGAUGAUGUGCGCUACCCCCGCCUCCUUUCUCCUAACUCUGCAUCCCUCAUUCAGAAGCUGCUGCAGAAAAAUCCUGAGUUGAGACUGGGAGCAGGAGAAGAAGAUGCCUUGGAGAUCAAAAGGCACAAAUUUUAUGAGGAAAUGGACUGGGAUGCUCUUCUGGCCAAGAAGGUGAAGCCUCCCUUCCUGCCAGCCAUUAGAGCUCCACAGGAUGUCAGUAACUUUGAUGAAGAAUUCACUCGUCUCAAACCGGUCCUUACACUCCCGCGGACACCCUGCAUCCUCACUGCUGAGCAACAGGAAAUCUUUGCAGACUUUGAUUUCUCUUUCAUUAGCUGACCACGGCGAUUCAAGCUCUGUCUUAUUCAACACUGCUCUUCUGGCUCAACAGAAGAGCAGAAGAUGGAAAAACUAUAGAUAUCCUUCAGAUAUUUCUUCCCUGGCAAGAUCUGCUUAGCUGGGUCUGAUUUCAUUGUGCAGGAGUUACUUUUAACACUUUGCCAAAAUCAUUUUUGUACUUUUUUGUCAUUUUUCGUUAGGCUAUUUACAGAAUAUUUACACUGCAAUGUUUCUGAAGAGUAACACUGUCUAACCUGUAAAUAUGUGAAGUCUCACUGAAGGUAAAAUGCACUGAAUGUACUUUUCUAUUGAUUGUUUUGUUAUUCUCUCUUUGUUAAAUGCUUAAAAUGGCCAAAAUUCUCACUUCUGCUGAUAUUGACCUGUUAAUGUCUAGAAAUUUUAAAUAACAAAUGUGCCCAUUUAGACAAAACCAGCCUAUAUGUAAAGUGUAAAUUAUGUGAAGGUAAACAUGAAUAAAUGUAUAAAUGCUGGA